CUGCCCCAUCCAUUCAUUCCCUCCCUCCCUCUCCUAGGCGGUGCUGGCGUUGCCUGGCGUUACGUUUCUUCCCUGACGUACCUUACUUGAGCCUCUGCAACCAUUCUCAACUUCAUCUUUCUCUCCCAUCAACUCAUCUGCAACUCCUCAUUCCAUCGCCUCGACAAGUCCGUCUUUUCAGCCUCACCCCUUCACUUUUCGCAUCAGACUCUUGUCUUACUGCGAUUUAAGGAACAACCGCCAACAUGAACCCUGAAUACGACUAUCUCUUCAAGCUCCUCCUCAUCGGAGACUCCGGUGUUGGAAAGUCUUGUCUUCUCCUGCGAUUCGCCGAUGACACCUACACCGAGUCCUACAUCUCUACCAUCGGUGUCGAUUUCAAAAUCCGAACAAUAGAGCUCGAUGGCAAGACCGUCAAGCUUCAGAUUUGGGAUACCGCCGGUCAGGAGCGUUUCCGAACCAUCACCUCUUCCUACUACCGUGGUGCCCACGGCAUCUGCGUCGUCUACGAUGUUACCGACAUGGACUCAUUCAACAACGUCAAGCAAUGGCUCCAGGAAAUUGACCGAUACGCCACUGAGGGUGUCAACAAGCUGUUGGUCGGCAACAAGAGCGAUAUGUCAGACAAGAAGGUCGUUGAGUACAGCGUAGCCAAGGAAUUCGCCGACAGCCUGGGAAUUCCUUUCCUUGAGACUUCGGCCAAGAAUGCCAGCAACGUCGAGCAGGCUUUCUUGACCAUGGCCCGCCAGAUCAAGGAGCGCAUGGGCACCACAACAGCCAACAACACCAAGCCCAGCGUGCAAGUCGGCCAAGGCCAGGGCGUCGGAUCCUCCUCCAACAACAGCUGCUGCUAAAUGCAUUAACGCUCUCCUUUCUCUUGGUGAAGCAGGAUGAUGGAGUACGGCCGGGACAAUGAACAACAUGCCAGGGACACGAUCGGACGAGUUCACUCACGAUAUUUGCUUUUUCCUUCUACUCUCUCCAUUUCUGCGCAUAGACCAGAUCAUGACCACUUGGAUUGCCUUUCUUUUCCGCAAGUCACGACUUUAUCCCUUUACCGCCUUGGCAUCUGGAACAACGGCUCUUUCUAUUCGUCUCAACGUCAUUCGCGGGCCCUUCCACUGCUAUGUCGACGGUAGGAAUGGUCAGGGCGGGGAAUCGAUAGGUUCUGGGGAGGGAGCAUGAGGGGAGACGACAGAUAUGAAGGCAGAUUUUGUGUUUUUGGUAGCGGAUGGCUUUGGGGGGUUUUGCGCGUGCGCAGGCUGUAUUUUCUCUUAUCCACCCCAUGCUGUGUCUUUGCACUUUUGCGAAAUUCAAGUAUUGGGAGGCAUUCGUCGGUUCUUGUUCUUUUCAGCCCGCCAACCAGUCAUUCGCUGGAAAUCACAUUAUCUGCGCACCCCGUUUUCCUCUGGCAAUUCGCGAUCCUGGCCCUCUGUUCCCCGUAACAUCUUGACUCUUUGAGAGCUAUGGGGGAGAGUUGCGCUAAGCGUCAAUAUCUUACUUGGGUUCUGAUAUCGAUGGUCAUGUUGUUUCUUCUAUUUUACCAUCCUGGUUCGCCUAUGGUUUUUCGCUGUUUUUGGUACUUGAGAUCGAUUUUAGUAUGCGAGAAAGGGUUAUUCUUAAUAAAGGUUGAAUAUUCCUUUUUUUUUUAAACUUGAUCCAUGACGAAUAUUG